AUGGGGCUCACGGCUUUCGUCUUACUCUGGACUGUGGUGGCAGCAGCUACAGGGAGUCCUGGCGUGCCCUACUUCUCCAAAGGUACCCGAUACAGCUAUCGCUAUUCCACCAGAAGUAAUACCUCUCUGCAGGGCAGUGGGGCCCAGAGGAGCGGUCUUGGGCUUAAGGGUCUGGUGAUCCUGGAUGUCAUCAGCAGGUGCCACGUGGUGCUUCGGCUCCAAGACAUCCAGGUUACGUCUUAUCUGGAAUCCAGAGAAGAGCCUGUGAAGGAAUCGGAGAGUUUGAGGAUGACUUUGGAAAAGUUCGCACUUUCCUUUGUAUUUCGUGAUGGAAAGAUUCCAAAGAUCUGCCCCCAACAAGGAGAUCCAAGCUGGGUCGUGAACAUCAAACGUGGUAUCUUGGGUCUCCUUCAGACCAGCCCUGGAACCACCAUCCCAGAAACCAUUGAUGAGGUUGACGUCUUGGGAAAAUGCCCUACAACAUAUGAGAGAAAAGGUUCCCGACUCCUGAAGACAAAGGAUUUAAACCAGUGUUCCCUCCGACACCAUGGAUUUACUUUUCUUCGGUCAGAAUUUCUUCCAGGAAUGCCAUCCCCACAGCCGAUCUUGGCUUCAAAGCUGGAAUGCUACCAGAGUUUCCAGGAAGGCCUGCUAGAGGACACAGUCUGCACAGAGUUUGACGUAGUCAGACCCUUCUCUGAGAAGGGGAAUGGUGUGCAGACAAGGACACAUUCCACCCUGAGUCUGCUGCAUGUGAGGCCCCAGGCCCUGUCCAACAAAGAUUAUGGAAAAUUUUAUGUGAGCAGUCUGCUGUAUGAGUGGGAGGGCCUGGCCACCCAAUCCCAGGUAGCUGAUGUAGCUGAAUCUGUGAGGAAGCUGUGCCUGGCUCAGGCCACAAGUUUUGAGACUGCAGAACUCUUUAUGGAGCUGGUGUUCGAGCUGAGGGGCUUGUCUGUCGAUGCACUGAUGGAUCUCUGGCAAAGAUCUUCAUUUAAGUGCAGAGACAAUUGGCAACCCCUUGUGGAUGCUCUGCCAUCUUGUGGAACAGAGGCUUGUGUUGCUCUCAUGAAGGAGCUCAUCAUAUCCAGGGAUGUGGAAAAUGAUGAGGCAGAGUCAUUCCUCUGGUCCUUGGCAUUUGUCCCUCGGCCCACAGCUGGCAUGGUUCAUUUACUGCUGCCUUUGCUGCGGUCCUCAGCAGUGACUUCGAGUGCCUUCCUCAGCAUCUCUGCCCUGGUGCACAGCCUCUGCAUGGCAGGUGGGGCCUGUGAGCGACUCCCAGGAGUGAGCUCAUUAAUGAAAAUCCUUAAAGAAGCCUUAGGAGAGAACUGUGGCUCUCAAGGGUCCAAGGACAGUGGCCGGCUCCAGCUCAUGUUGAAGGCCAUUGGCAAUGCAGGGUUGGCGGCAGCCCCUCUUGCUCCUGUCCUGAGCUCCUGCGCAGCCUUGAAAAGCAAUGCCCCUGAAAUUCGUCUGGCUGCAAUCCAGGCCUUUCGAAGGAUCCCUUGCUCUGCGAACCGCUCUGGGCUUGCCCAGCUGUACCAAGCCACAGAAGAAGAUGCUGAGAUCCGCAUGACUGCCUACUACUUCUUUAUGAAAUGCCCCAGUGAGGAAGCAUUUGCCGUGGUGCGUGAAACUCAGGCAACAGAGAAGUCUAGCCAAGUGGGAGCCUUCGUCUGGAGCCACCUUUCUCAGCUGCUGGAGAGUGAUGACCCUCUCAAACGUUCCCUUCGGGACUCCCUCCCUGACGACAUCCUCAGCCAGGAAUUCGAAGUUGAGACCUGGAAACAUUCCUCCUAUUCAGAUAUCACCUUUUGCUCAGCCUCCAGCAGUAUGGGUGCCAAUCUGGAGUCCACUCUGCUAUUCUCCCCAGCCUCCUUCCUCCCCCGCUCCAUCAUGGCCAACCUGACCAUCCAUGUCAUGGGCCGUGCUGCCAACAUUCUGGAGCUUGGGCUCCGGUUAGAAAAUGCCGAAAAGCUGGCUUACAGGCUGUUUGGUAGGCAGCCGGCGAUGGCAGCAUUCUGGGAUAAUGAUGAGAAAAGUGAGACCAAGCCAGAUACUGACAUGGAAUGGGAAGAUGGAUUCAAUGAGAAGCCAGGAUUGACUAGGGCAGGGUGCCCAGGUGGGGGGCACAGUAAGAUGAAGGAGCUCCAGGAGAAGGUGACUCAGAGGUGGGGGAAGAGGAAGGACCUGCAGUGUGGUCUCAGUCUGAAAAUCUUUGGGAAUGAGCUUAGUUUUGUGGACUGUGGGGCAGUGAGAAGCCACAUGAAGAAGUACUCCCUAAACCUGGCUGAACUGACUGUCAAGCUCCUCAAGGGUCAGGAGGUACAGAUUAACAGGAGGCUGAGCUUGGCAACCGAAGAGCUCUCCUUUCCAACUGUAUCGGGCCUUCCUGUGCAAUUAGCCUUGAAUGCCUCAGCUGCCAUCAACGUCCGGAUUCGAGGGACCGUGGAUUUCAAGCAGUUUUCGGAUUUCUCCUUGGAGGGCUAUAUCAAACCAAGUGCCUUAAUACAGAUCACAGCUCAAAUGGGUGUGGCAGGCUUCCAUGGGAAAGCAGGGGUGAAGUGGGUGACUGGCAUUCGAAGUUCCACUAGCCUCGAUGGAGGAAUCACGGUGAAAAGGGGACAGGAGCUUAAGAUGUUCCUGAAUACGCCUGAGGAAUCCAUGGAACUGGUGAAUUUCAGCUCUAAGCUGUAUCUCACGACUGUGGAUGGUAUGAUGAAUAUUGACCAAUUAAACAGCCCUUCAGAGAUGAGGUCCUGCACUGGAGAAGAAGCAUCUCACAUUUGGGGCUGGCAGAUGUGUUCCGAAGUGUCUUACCCAGCUCAGGGCCAGCCUUUCUCUCUUGCCGUGCCAAUAGCUGCAGCAGUGACAUUAAAGAAGCACGACAAGGGACUGCAGCAGUACCUGUUAGAAGCUGCCUAUGCUUAUAUUCCUCAGAAGGAGAGUUGGAUCCCUGAAGAAGCCACCAUCCAUUUCUUUAUGGGCACACCAAAGUCAGAAUGGCCCAGGGAUGUGGGUGUGGAUCUCAGCUUCAGUGUGCCUCAGAAGAAGCUCCGAAUCAAGCUACUUCAUCCCAAGAAAAAAAUCAAAGUGGAUGGAAAAAUCGAUUCUCUCCAGAGUACCCGCUUUGGCCACCUGGAAAUAAUCUUGGAUGACAAGGAUGUCUAUUAUAUCAAGGGGCUGAGUGAUGUGCAGACCUCCAGGGGGGAACAGAGAUACGAGACUCAGCUGGAGGCAAAGCUGAUCAGACGAGGCAGCCCUGUCAUUCUCAUGGGCAACAUCACCAAACAAGCGGGCAGGAAGAUGGCAUUCUCUGUGUCCCUGGUGAAUGUGCUGAAGGACAAAGCCUUCUUGUCGGCAAUCCUGGAGAAGAAGGCAGAGGAUGGGCUCCAGCUGUAUGCACUGGAAGGAGAGGUCUACCUGCCGGAUAUCCUGGGUUUCCAUGCCAUUGGCCUGUUACAGCAAAGAGGGAGCCUCUGGACCAAUGCCCUAAGGAUAAAAUAUGGGCUCCUAGGAGAGGCCAAGCACCUCCAGCAGGAAUGCAAUGCCGGCCAGAAGCUCAAAGUGGAGAACCGUCCGGAGGUGUACAAGCUGGACCUUGGGCAUGAGUUUCAUUGCACUCAGGUGCCCACGUAUAACCACAAGGUUCAACUGCAGCAUGAGGAGAGCGUGUCCCGCCUACAUUCCAUGUUGGAAGUGAGUUAUGGCAAGCACUGGGAUGAGAUCAACAACAAAAGGAAGCUCCGAAUCAGCCAGACCUUCAAAAAUGACUCUGGCCCAGCCCUGAGCAACUACUUCAUGGAGUUCCUCCUUCAGGUGCCCGAGAGGCAGGUGGAUUACCGAACACAGCUCCAGCAUUCCAGCUUUUCCCAGGGCCACGUGGAGAGCAGUACUCAUCUGAAGGUGCAGUAUAAUGGUCGCCUGCCCUUCAUGGCUGGGCUCCAGUGGAAGGACAUGUCUCGAGGUCCUCAAUGGAGAUGGGAAGGUGCAUUGAACUUAGAUACCCCAUGGUUGCUGUUGUCCCUGGCUCACAGGCUGCACCAACCUCACCGUGCUACGUAUCAGGCCACUUGGGAGCUGACGACAGGUAAGGCCCUGUCCAUCAAGAAUCUGGUGGUGGAGCUGUCGUGCAAAGACAAAAUUCGAGACAAACAAGGGAAGAUCCACAUUUACACACCAAGCACCACCUACCUUAGGGCAUCGACAUUGAUUACCUGGGACCAGAGUGUUCUCCGAAGCCAGGGUGAGCUGGUGACCACCUGGAGUCCCCUGGUUCAGAUUAAGGUUCACCUGGAGAAUCGCCGGGACAAGAAGCUCUUCCAUUGUUGGCUGAAGGGUCCCAGGCAGGGACUGAACCUGACUUCUGCCUAUAGACACACAGAGCGGCCCAGAAAGACCACUGUGUUAAUAAUGGCCUUGUGGACUGAUUCCAAAAGCCAGCCCAUUGGACUGCACCUGGAGGGCCAGCUGGAGGAGCUGAAGAGGGAGAGCCUACUGUACCAGAAGCGAGGAACUCUCCAGCUCAGGCAUCCCUUAAAAUUGCCCAUUCCUCAGAGCCUUUUCCUGCAGGAGAUGUUUACUGUGGACAAAAGCCAAAAGUACUACAUGUUGGAGACCAAAGUCUUGGUGAAUGGGCUGGAGGAAUGCCUGCAGACCCUGACCCUGGGCUACCAGACUGACCGCCCCUAUAUCUGCAUUACUCUGACUCACCCAUACAACAGCGAAGUCAUCCCCAACAACGUAGACACGUGUGUGUUGACAAGGAUUCGGCAAAACGGUAACCAGGAGGUCGAGGCUGCUUUGAAAGUUAAUCAGAAGGAUAUCCUACAUUUGAAGGGAAGGCACCAUAACAGGUCUAUGGAAGGAGAUUUCCGUCAUGGCCUGAACUUGGAUUUGACCCAUUCAACUCAGCUGAAGAUCCCCCAGGCACUGGGCCUUAAUGGUGAGAUCUUCUUCAAGCAGCACCCUGUGGGAGAGUUUGACAGUGGUAUAACUCUGCAAGCUGCUGUCAGCCAGAAGGUCACGUCUCAGUUCUUGCUCCAGCUGAAUGGAUCCAAGUCUCACUUUGGGUUUUUCUCCCAACUUAGGCAUCCUGCCAGGGUGACACUUCCUCCGAAUUUCCAGGUCCAGGCUGCUGGUACACAUUACAAAGAUCAAAGCAUCAAUGGCUCCCUGUCUGUACAUGCCUCGGGGAAGGAGCUGGCUCUGCUAGAGGCCAGCAUGAGCAGAGAGACCAGGAAGAGCUCCCAGGGAUGGGAUGGGAGUGCUGUACUCCGACAAGCCAUCUUCACCGAUCCCAGGGCAGUGCAGCUGCAGCUGUCCAACAGGGUCACUCCGGCCAGGGUCUGGUUCUUUACUAAGGUGAUGCUCAAUCAGAAGAGUGCCCAGCUGUUUUUCACAGGACUCAAGGAAGAGAAGGUGGGGCCUGUCCUGUCCCUGCAGGGCAGAGUCCAGCACAACAUUGACAGUUGGGGGGCUGUCCCAAAGCUCCUUGACCUCACCGGAUCUCUCAAACGGAAGAACCACAGCAACGAGGGGAACCUCAGCAUCCUCAUCGAUGAUGCCAUGUUCAGGCUCCGUCUGAGGGACAAACAUGUGUUGGGGAACAGCAGCACGCACAGUGUGACCUGUGUGAUGAUUCAGAAUGGCAGUCAGGCCAUCCCUGAGGAGCUUAAGCUGAGGGGACAGCUACAGACCCAACCUGAUGGCUAUCGUGCCCAUGCUUCCUUUCAGGCAGAUGAGACCAUUUUGUCCUUGGGCACAGCCUUCAUCGUAGUUCCAGGGCACAGGCAGCUUUCUGCUGAUCUGGCCCACAACAGUAGCUCUUUAAGAAAUUCAGGACUGCCCACUAAUGGAGAGAUUCUGUUCUCCCAUACCUACCUUGCUCCCAACCACAGACUGAUGCUGGGGUUGCAGAGCAAUGGAGGCCAUAUUGAUGCUGCCUUCAGGGUAGAAGUUCCUUCUGGGGAAUUCCCAGAGGCCCGGAUCACUGCAAACCUUAGCCACAAUGUUGAGGACUUCAGGCAUCUUGGAAUCCCUUUUUUGGUUGAAGGAGACUGUUAUUACCAAAACUCAGGCUCCAGGCUGGUGGCUGGCGUGAAGGCUGGCUUGGAUGGGGAGCACCUUCGCAUGGCGCUGGAGAGGAGGAAGAAUGGAGGCCAUUCAGAGGAGGUGGUUCUGGGCCUACAGCACAGUGUGCCUGGACUCAUUGGUGUGGUGCCCUGCCAGCUCCAGGUCAGCUGCAGCGGUGAAGCCUCCUCCAGUCAGCUGUCUGGCCACUGCAGUGGAGAUGUCUCCCGCCAUCCGUUUGAGGUACAGACUUCCUUCUCGACCAUGGGGUUCCGUAGAUGUGGGGCAGUGAGGUUCACCUACUGCCGGAAUAGCCUGAGUGCAGGCGGCUGUCACAGGAGAGGACAUGGCCAUGAGGUCACAGGAGGGCUGGUGCACACAUUCUCCCACCCCCAUUUCCUUCACAUCCCAAGAGAUGUGAAGGUCAGAGCCUUGCUUAGGUGUCAGCCUGGUAGGCUGAAGGCCAGGCUAAACCUGACGGCAGAGGGACAGGGGAUCCACACCCACUUAGAUGUUCAAAACACAUCAGGGUUCAGAAAGUGCGAAGUGGCUUCCUCCUUGAGGGGAGAGGCUGAUACAUUAUCCAUCAACCACACAGCAGAGACACGGAGGUUCCCCAAGCCACGUGGCUGUGGUUUUGAAGGGCAUGUUCAUGCCUCCCUUGACAGGCAAGGUGUGCUACUCUCAGCAAGGACUCACUGGCAGGGCUGGGGCAUUGCCAAGGUCAAGUUACUCCAGAAUCUAUCACAGAAAAAGAAACCACAGGGCUUAGGCAGGAGGUGGUCUUUGACAUUACACUCGAAAGCAAAAAAUAGAAAGAUUAAGGGCAGCUUGGAAGUUCAAAGAAACCAAGAUUCUUUCCGCACGAGCGGGUUUAUCUGGCUGCUGGACCGUGGAGCCAGGAUGAACUGGACUUGGGAGCAUCAGUGGAGACAGCUGAGGAUCCUUCCUGUGCCUUCAAGCCUCCAGCUGGUGGGGUGGAUGACCUAUGGCCCAACCUUGCUAGUUAGCAAGGCCAGAGUCACUGUGGGAGGCCAGACACUGAGAGUGGAACUGCUGACGUCCUGGGGAAAGAAAACAGAACUGAAGGCGCUGCUUCAUCACACCAUCCUGAGUUGGCUGCAGACUGGCAUUCCUGAGAGAAACUGGCUUCACGGAGCAGCUCAGCUUGGGACAGACCUCAGCCUCGAGCUGCUGAGUGGAGCCUGCAGGCUGUCCGGUGUGGGGAGACGAGAGAGGAGGCAUCCCGGGCAGUGGGAGCUGGCUCUCCAUGGUCACUGUCCCUACUUCCAGAAUCCAGCAGUGAUGUCCAUGAAUGGUUCCCUUUUGGCACGUGGCUGCAAGGCCAGUCUCGUUGGACACCUCUCUUCUGGCGAAGCCUUUACCCACGUCCACUUCCACACCUUCUGCGGUCUCCACAACCACUUGGAAGCUCAGCUUCAGCAUUCAUGGCCUCUACUCAAGGAGCUGGGAAUUGCCAGAGAAAACUUGAUCAGGGUGUCAACUACAGGAGGGGAUGCAGCAAGGGCACUGCUUGAAUUGACUACAGGCCCGUGUUCUGUGAUGGCAAAUGGAGAUAAAGCAGGCUUUCCACAGAGCCUGGCCACCAGGGGCUCCCUCAAGGUUGGGCCCUGUGAUGGUGACCUGACCAUGGCCCUCCAGAGUGGUGAAGGAGAUGCCCACAUGCAUUUAGCAACUUCCUGCAGACAAAAAUCCUUGGUGCAAGGAAGCCUGCACCAUUCCUUCAGGCCCCUGAGCCGCCUGGGGCUGCCCCCCAGCAGUGUCAUCCACCUGGAGGCGGGGUUGGGCCCUGUCUCACAAAGCUCCCUGAAUCUCCAAGUUGGGCAGUGUAGGCUUCAGGGCAGAAUGGAGCUCCAGCCCAGGAACAAAACCCAGUGGGUACUGGAGACAGAGACAGACUGUGAACUACUACAGGACCUUGGACUCCCCACCCGAAUGCAACUCAAUGGAUCAGCCCAGGUUGCUGGCUGUCAGGUUAAGCUGCUCUGCACCCUGCUGAUGGGUGGCCAGGCAGCCUUCUUGGAACUCAGGGGAGCGUGCCAACCACAGCUCACCAUCCGGGCCACAUUCAGGCACACCUUGCCGGCACUGUGGGCCAUUCCAGAGGAGACCAAGCUAUCUUUUCAAGCCGGAAAACAGGCCAAGUACCAGCUGGACCUGAAGCUGAGAUCGGGAGCCUGUGAAAUACAAGCCAAUGGGGAUCUGCAGCUGGAGAAAAAAUUCCAGUGGAGGGGCCUGGUGGAGAAUUCCUGCAAGGCGCUGCAGGCUCUUGGGGCCCCAGGUCGGAUUGAUGGCUCGGGCUAUGUGGUGGUGAACAGUAUGGAUCUGGAUGCCCAGAUGUUGGUCACUGUAGAUGACAGUACCCUGCGAGGCCUUCUCAUCCUGAAGGCCACUGAGACACACCAAGAACUAGACAUGCUGUUCACCCACAACCUCCCUGACACUCUCCACUUUGGCAUCCCAGCUCAGACCCUGGUGGAUGUGACCACAGUGAAAAGUAAUCAUAGUUACAGGCGAACCAUCCGGUUUGGCAUGGACAGCAAGCAGAUUUCUGAAGAGCUCAGCUUCACUCAACAAUCAGACUAUAUUUCCCUUGACUACAAAAUCCGACACAAUGUCCCAACAUUGCAGGCAUUGGGGGUGGAAGACAAGAUAGACUUGCAGGUCUCCUUGGACCACCAAGAAGCCAAGAACUUGAGUGGCAGGGCUCAGUAUGGUUCAGGCAUCAUCAUCUUUGGAGGCCAAAGCCAGAGCACCACAGCCAGACACUCCUGGUCUGCUACCCUCUGGCAUAACUGGCCUGGGUUGUUGCAGUGUGGACUCCCAGAAUCGCUUCAGGUUGUGAUGUACCUUCAAGGGACCAGUUCCAACAUUGCCAGCUCUGUGAACAUUCUGGUGGGGCAGACGUCUCUCAACUACACCGUGAGCUGUUCUUAUACCAGACGGCAAAUGGCAUUCUCCUGCUGGAGCAGACAUAACAGCAGUGCUCUGAGGCAAGAAACCGGCUACCCAGAGGUGGUUGGUCUCGCUGGAGUGCUACAGACACAAGAAACCCAGACCUGGGGCAGCGUGGACAUCCAGGGAGGGGACAGGAAAGUCAGUGUGGAUGUGGCAGCUCUGACAGCCUUGGAACUAAAUGGGACCUUUGAGCUUGUGGCUCACAUACAACACACAGUGCCAAUUUUCAGGCAGCUGGGCCUGCCCUUCACAAUCCAGUUGUUAUUGCAGGAAAUCCUGGCACCCGGUGAAGUGAAAACAUCCUUGGAGAUGACCUGUGAGUCCGAAACAAGUCUUCUCAUCCAUGUGAGGGGAAGGAAUCAGCCACUCAGCAAAGAACUACACGUUACCAGCCAACAGCAUCUCUCCUUCCUCCUCAACCAUUUCCCUAAAAGAGCCAAGCUUUCCACCAAGAUAAGUUACUCUGCAAGUGAAGCCGAAAGCAUGAUUGCCGUUGACCUGGAAAAGCACCAUUUCCACAUGGCCACAAAGCUGACAUUUGCUGCAUCCAACCUCACUCAAGUGACUGAGCUGAUGCAUACAAUUCCCCAGCUCAAAAUGAUCCCCUGGGAAAUGGUGCUUCUGACCACGUAUCAGAAAGCCAAUGGGACAAGGACAAUCCAACAAUUGGUACUAUGGGACGGCCAGGAGUUCAAGUUCAUCGGCAGCUACACAGGGCCUUUUCCCAAGUUCUCUAGGAGCCAGCACAUGCAGGUGGAACUCGUCCAUCCUCUCUCCAUUGCCUUUCCUCAGCAUUCCAAGAUCACGGCGUCUCUGUUACACUCAGUUCACAGUCAUCAAGAUAAUCUAGUCAUUGAAUGGAACCACAAGGAGCAGGUGGUGCUGUUCUCCUCUCUAAAGCUGGGGAAGGAUCAAAUGGAUGGCCAGGUGGCAUUUGCUCAUCCCUUCAACCUAUCCUGGAGCCACAUGGAAGCCAAGGGCCUGGCAGAGAAGAGAGGGAGCAGGUACAGCCAACAGGUACAACUUGCCUGGAAUAGGGGGAAACCCAUCAACUUCCAGUUCACCUGGGCAGACAAGUCGGAGGCUACCAUCACCAGCUGGGAAAGCUGCCUGACCGCAGCCUCAGGACAGCUCCAGAAAUUCCUGACCCUGGGCAAUCUCAAGGCCUGCGGAUCUGUAACUCAGACUGCAGCGGUGUUCAGCGAGCAUCUUGAUCUGUCCUGGGACAGCCAGAAAGUCAAACAGAGUCUGAAAUAUGAGAGACACCAGCCACUCCAGUCAGAUAGACUCCAUGCAGAGGUGACUCUAGAGAAUAUCUUCUUGACCUCCUGCCCCAAGCAAAACUUCCUGGGAGAAAUAGAGACCAACUAUCUCAACCAUCUCAGCCAUUCUCUCACACUGGGACUCUGUAAUCUUUCCAGUGCUGUUGUGAUCUCUGGAGAACACCUGCUGAACCAAGGCAGCUUUGUGCUACAAUCCAGGAACGUGCUCCGCCUUGCCCCAGACACUGGACAUGGUUUGGUGCUGGUCUUGACCCUCAGGAACCACAGUACUCCAAAGACCCAAGAUUUCUCUGGAGAGCUAGAGCUGAGGGCACCGGGAGAUCAGCAAGUAAGUCUGCUGGGAAGGGUCACUGCAUCAGCCUCUCAGAGAGUAGUCUUGCUUCAGGGGAGCAUGGAAAGAGAGGAAAAAUGGGAGUUGACAGCUUCCCGGUCCCCAGACUGUCUCCGGGCUUACCUGGCAUAUGGAAAAGGGACAAAGGAGGAGGGUGUGGAGAUCAGUGCCUGCUCUGAUGGAAGGCAAGUGGCUAAGGCUGAGGCUGUGCUUCGUGCCUUUGGUGGACAAAAUGAACACUUGGGCCAGCUGAUCCUCAGGGCUGCCAACCAGAGUCUAAGCCUGGCUGCACAUGGCUGCAUCACCCCCAUUGGGAAUAUGGAGUCCAAACUGGCCCAAGUUGGGUCUCACCUACAAGCCAGACUCGUGGAGAAGUUCCAGGUGUUUGAUACCUACCUCCAGGAGUUCCAGGACCUGGUGCAACAGAUUGACUUCCUGGACAGUGCAACUGGCUGGCUCCUGCAGAUGUCCCAGGCUGCCGUGAGAGCACUCCAGGCUGGGGGUAGAGCAGCAGCUGGGCUGUGGAGGCAAAGCUCAGCCAGGCAGGUGUUGAAACAUCACCUCCCCCUGCACCUGGAGAGGCUCCAAACCGUUAUGGAACAGACACAGAGUGAGUUGCAAAAGCCAUUAGCCACGCUGAAGGAUGCCUACUACGAAGUCACACUCAAACCCCUGGAUGAGGUGUGGCAGGAGAGGACUGAGGAGGCUAUGAAGAGGAUGCAGGCCUGUGUGCCCUCAGGGAUGAAGGACACCUGGCUCAUGAGACCAAUCCUGCUGUCUCUACAAGCUGUGAAGGGUGCCCUAGAUCUGGCUGCCCACCAGAUACUAAAGUGGGCAGAAGCCAAAUUCUCCAGAGCAAUACGAAGAAUACGGAAACCCUUGUCCAGUAUUUACAGCUUCUCUGCCAGGAAUUGCUCUGUGGUGGUAAGACUUCCAGUGCUACCUGGAGGAGAUCAGCCAAUGGACUUGACCAAGGUGACCAACUAUCUCAUCGAGGAGAAGUUGCUACAGCCCCUUCGUGAGCUAUACAGCAUCAACCUCCUGGCCGAGUACUAUCGGAUCAAGCAUCGGCUGCUGGAGAACCCCUUUGAACACCAUGCAGUGAUGAUUGGGGACAGGCACGUGCUGACAUUCGAUGGGCAGGCCUAUGACCUUACCUCCAAAUGCAGCCUGUUGCUCGCCAAAGACUUCGCUCAUAACUCCUUCAUGUUUUUACUGAACCAGCCGAACACAGGACCUAGAUCCCUGUAUGUGGAGCUGAAUCACACAGCCUUUAUCAUCUAUCCGGGGCUGAAGAUCUACAAGAUAUAUGAUUCUUCCUUGAUGAGAGAGAAUUGUCAGGGCUUGGAUCCGCUGCCUGCCAAGGUCAGGGCCAAUGGGAGGAAAGAAGUUCACAAAAUAGAAUUAUCCAAUGAGAAUGGUGCUACGGUCUCCUGCGACGUUCAUUCCAAUCUCUGUAGUGUGACACUGGAUGGCUGGAAUCAUGGUAUGUCGGCAGGCAUAUUCGGCACCAAUGACAAUGAGGCGGGUAAUGAUCUGUUGCUGCCAAAUGGAUCCCUGGCAGGCAACCUGGAUGAAUUCACCAAGGCAUGGCAGGUGGAUGGUGAAUGCAGGGCCCAGAGAAGGAAGGCAGAGGUCUGUCCUGGGGCUGCUUCCUCCAGACUCUGCAAGGCGUUCUUUCUGGAUGCCCACUCUGAGCUCCGUAAUUGCUUCCGAGUGAUAGAUCCUGCCCCGUUCUACAGUAUGUGUGCAUGGGACACAUGUGAGAUGAGUGAACUCCAGGCUGCCUGUGGCAUGGUCUCUGCCUACAUCCACCUGUGCAGCCGAGGCUUUGUUCCCCUGGCAGCUCCUCCUCCGUGUGGUAAGUGCUUAAAACCCUCUGAAGUGGCCUUUGCCCGAUUGUUCUCUUACCCCAUCUGA